AUGCCCACGGAGAGCGGGUUACAGCAGCGCUGGCGACGGGGCUGUGCCGGAGGCGCUGGUCCGCAGUGGUGGCCUCCAGGCCGCAAGCCACACGGCGCCGGCGGGACGAUGCCUCAGCCUCCAACCAGAGACGCACCACCUGAGGUGCUGGAUGCGUAUCUCAGGGAGCGUCGGCGGCGGUGGCCACGUCUCGACGCAGAGACUAGUGAAGCAGCAGCGCGGAACUCGACUGAGGCUGCCAGCACGUCUUCGUCGGUAACCCCCAGGGAGCGGGCGGGGCCCGCGAGCUCUAUUGGUCAGCCCUCAAGUUCGCGUGACGUUUUACCGGGAAACGAGGCAUGCUUCGAGAGAAAUAGGCCUGGGAGUGCUGCUGCACAAUCCAAUAUAUCGGAGAGCGUCGCUAGCGCUGUGGUUUUUCAUGAGAAGCCUCCACAAUGUCGCCGACGUUUCGCCGAGACACGCCCCACGGCACGUUUCCGGGCGCUCUUGGAGUCUGAUGCGAAGGCAGAAGAGCAACAGGAGGUAAUACUGGACUGUCUGGAAACUAUUGCCCGAUUGCAGGGCUGGAUCGAGUGA